CCCACAUCUACAGGGCUUCCUGUCAAAUGCGCAUGCGCAGUCCUUUGCUCCACUCUGGACAGCUGUAGGAGAAAAUGGCAGCACACAUGCUAGGACAGCAGGUCCGUCAGUUCAGCACGUCUGUGAUCAGGCCGGUGUCGAAGCUGAUCAGGCCUCCCAUCCAGGUGUACGGAGUGGAGGGCCGCUACGCCACCGCGCUGUACUCCGCUGCCAGCAAGCAGAAGAAACUGGACCAAGUGGAGCAGGAGCUGCUCAAAGUGUCUACCAUGAUCAAGGACCCCACGAUCGCUGGUAUUGUAAUGAAUCCCCAUGUGAAGCGCAGCAUCAAGCAGAAGACUUUCAGUGACGCUCUCGUAAAGGCGAAACUUUCACCCAUCACCAUCAACCUCAUCAAUGUUUUGGCUGACAAUGGUCGUCUCCCUAUAACUGGUGAUGUCAUCGGUGCUUUUGGCCAGAUGAUGAGUGCUCAUCGUGGAGAGGUCCUCUGCACAGUCACCACUGCUCAGCCUUUGGAUGCAGCUAGUCUUGCUGAUCUGAAAGUCGCUCUCAAGGGAUUUCUCCAGAAGGGUGAAACUAUCAAGCUGGAAACAAAGGCUGAUUCCUCCAUCCUGGGUGGCAUGGUCGUCUGUAUCGGAGACAAGUAUGUGGACAUGUCCACUAAAACAAAGAUUCAGAAGCUGACCAAGAUCAUCAGGGAAACUUGAGUCCCGUGGACUUCAUUUUGCAGAAGAUGAGACGACCAUCGUGGGGAAACGCUUAUAAAUGUAUAUUGCUCACCUGUUCCAACACUGCAGUUGCUUGAUUUCUCUAUAAAUCCAGUGUCUGUGCUUAACUUCAUAUGGAUGUUAAUAAAAACUACAAAAAAUGGA